AUGACAGAGAAUUGGAAUCAAACGGCUCUUCUCGUAAUCGAUAUGCAGAAAGAUUUUAUAGAAGAUGGAAGUCCUAUGCUAGUACAAGGAGGGAAAGAUAUUGUCCCAAAUGUGAUUAAGGCUGUUGAAGUUGCGAGAAAACGUGGAAUUCUCGUUGUUUGGGUAGUACGCGAACACGAUCCCUUGGGAAGAGAUGUUGAACUCUUUCGCCGACAUCGAUAUAGGACAGGAAAAGUUGGUCCGACCGCGAAAGGAAGUGAAGGUGCAGAAUUAGUUGACGGGCUCGUCAUUAGAGAAGGGGAUUUUAAACUUGUGAAGACAAGGUUUAGUGCAUUCUUUUCUACACAUCUUCAUUCAGUCCUUCAACGAGAAGGAAUCAACAGUCUCGUGAUCACCGGUGUUCAAACUCCAAACUGUAUUCGGCAAACUGUUUUUGAUGCUGUCGCGUUGGACUAUCAACAUGUGACUGUUCUUGUUGACGCCACAGCGGCAGCCACACCCGAUAUUCAUCUUGCCAAUGUGUAUGACAUGAAAAACAUUGGAGUUGCAACACCAACAUUACAAGAAUGGAGCGAAAUAAAAGCUUGA